GGGUUCUGCUUAGCUUGUUAGGGUUUUCAAUUUCAACAAUGUCUCAGCUUUUGUGUCGAAUCGCUAAGAUCUCCUCAGUUGUGAAGAAGCAGAGACUCUGUUUCAGUGAACUGCGGUCUUUCUCCUCGGCAGCGACGCCGUAUCUGCUUUUCUGUGAGACCAACUACAGGUUGGUGAGGACACCUCGUGGUUCAUUGGUGGACAUGAACUUGUACGAUCCGAGGAAGAAGGAAAGAGUGAAAGUCCCCGACCAAUACCUGUCGGAGGAUCUCGAGGCUUCGUUGAAGAUAGGAGCGUCGAGGGGAUGGGUGGGUGUGAAGAACUUACACGACUCCACAGUGCGUCUCACCAAUAUCUUCAACCCUUGUGCCUCUGUUUCGUCUCACAAGGUUAUCACUCUGCCUCCAUUGGAAGAUAGCAAAACUCUUAUCUCCACUAUCUCUUUCUCAGCCUCCCCAGACCAGCAAGACUGUGUAGUGGCCGCCAAGUCCUAUAGUCCAUUUAUCAGCCUGUGUCGCCCUGGUGACUCGGAUUGGACACGCAUCAGGGUCCCCUUUUUUGCCUCCAAGGUGAUGUAUUCUGCGAGAGACCGCAAGUUCUAUCUCCACAGGACGAGUGAGGAAGAGUACGAGGGUCCCAUUGAUCUCAACACUAGCUCCGACGACUUCCCUCAGGUGAGUCUGUACCAGGGAUUCCCUAACUCUGACAUCCCCGUGAGUAGACAAGAACAGUCGUUUGUCUCUACUAUCAAGACUAAAUAUCUCGUCGAGUCACCUUCUGGCGACUCCUUCAUCGUUUACUGGUAUAACGACUUGUGGAACAAAGAAGAAGUGAAAUCAGAUCACAACACCUCUUUGAGGACGAAGCCUAGGGCCUUUGUGUUCUCUAUCCCUAGGCGUCUUAUCUGUGCCGCGACCAAGGCCAAUGGAGGAGGCAGGUCAGGUUCGAUUGUUGCUCCAUUGGUGGUGAAUGAAGAAUUUCAGAAGAUCGAUGUCAAUCCUCCCAAAGGAACUCGUGAUUUCCCUCCUGAGGAUAUGCGACUCCGCAAUUGGCUCUUUAACCACUUCAAAGAGGUCUCACGGUUAUUUGGGUAUGAGGAAGUGGAUUUUCCAGUACUGGAGACUGAGGCAUUGUUCAUCAGAAAAGCAGGGGAGGAGAUUAGAGACCAACUUUACUGCUUUGAAGAUAGGGGUAAUCGUCGUGUAGCAUUGAGGCCUGAGCUUACACCUUCUUUAGCCAGGCUUGUCAUACAGAAAGGAAAAUCUGUUUCCCUUCCAUUGAAGUGGUUUGCUGUUGGGCAGUGUUGGCGCUAUGAGAGAAUGACUAGAGGAAGGCGACGUGAGCAUUACCAGUGGAAUAUGGAUAUUAUUGGUGUACCUGAAGUAACAGCUGAAGCAGAACUAAUUUCAUCUAUAGUCAACUUCUUCAAGCGAAUUGGAAUCACUGCAUCAGAUGUGGGUUUUAAGGUUUCAAGCCGCAAGGUUUUACAAGAAUUGCUAAAAAAGUAUGGUGUACCCGAAGACCUGUUUGGAAGAGUUUGUAUCAUUAUAGACAAGAUAGAAAAGAUUCCACUUGAUGAAAUAAAAAAGGAACUUGGGUUCACGGGAAUAUCAGAAGAUGCUAUUGAACAGUUAUUGCAAGUGCUUUCUGUGAAGUCCUUGGAUGAUUUGGAAGAUAUACUUGGUGGAGCAGGAGAAGCCAUUGCAGAUUUGAAACAACUCUUCUCACUUGCUGAAAAGUUUGGUUAUUCAGAGUGGAUACAGUUUGAUGCAUCUGUUGUGCGCGGUCUUGCUUAUUACACUGGUAUCGUCUUCGAGGGAUUUGAUCGAAAAGGGAAGCUGCGAGCUAUAUGUGGUGGUGGGAGAUACGACAGAUUACUCUCCACGUAUGGAGGAGAUGACAUUCCUGCUUGUGGGUUUGGUUUCGGCGAUGCUGUAAUUGUUGAAUUGCUCAAGGAGAAGGAAUUGUUGCCAGUAUUGGGACAAGAAGUAGAGAACAUUGUGUGUGCUUUGGACAAAGAUCUCCAAGGAGCUGCAGCCACUGUUGCAACCACUCUCAGAGACAAAGGCCAAACCGUUGAUUUAGUAUUGGAGAGUAAACCGCUGAAAUGGGUGUUCAAGAGAGCGGCUCGGGUAAACGCAAGAAGGCUGGUUCUUGUUGGGAAGACAGAGUGGGAAGAUGGUUCGGUCAGUGUCAAGGUUUUGUCUUCGGGUGAGCAAUUUCAAGUCAAACUUAAUGACUUGGAGUAGUAUCUAAGGCUUGAACAAAUUGUUCAAUUGUCC